CGACAUUCACAUUUCACCCUCUUUCUCUCUCUCUCUCUCUCUCUACCUUCUCUAUUCAGUUUUCUCUUUUCCUAUUUCAUUUUCUGUUUGUUUCUCGAGAAAUUCUUAUCAGAUUAGACUUGGCAGACCCCUCUUACAGGCUUCAAAUUUCUAGUGCUUGUUGUAAGAUAAACACCUGAUUUCUUGGACAGUUGUGGGAGGUUUUGGAAUUUAAUUUAUUUGGCUCAUAAUGUCUUCCCCUAGUAAAAGGAGAGAGAUGGAUGUCAUGAAGCUGAUGAUGAGUGAUUACACUGUGGAGACAAUAAAUGACGGCCUCAAUGAAUUUAACGUGGAAUUCCAUGGUCCAAAAGAGAGCCUUUAUGAAGGUGGUGUUUGGAAGAUCCGCGUUGAGCUACCUGAUGCUUAUCCAUACAAGUCCCCUUCUAUUGGGUUUGUGAACAAGAUUUUCCACCCAAAUGUUGAUGAGCUAUCUGGUUCUGUCUGCUUAGAUGUAAUUAAUCAAUCAUGGAGUCCAAUGUUUGAUCUUUUAAAUGUUUUUGAAGUUUUUCUUCCACAACUCUUGCUUUAUCCAAAUCCUUCAGAUCCAUUGAAUGGUGAUGCUGCAUCAUUAAUGAUGAAGGACCGAAAGCUGUAUGAUCAAAAAGUAAAAGAGUACUGUGAACGGUAUGCAAAAAAGGAGCACAUUACCAACUCGAUGCCCGAAGAGGAGAGCGGCGAUGAUCACAUUACUGAUGAGGAAAGUGGUUCCAGUGAUGAUGAUAUUGCUGGACAUGCAGAUCCAUAGGUUUUUAACAUCCGGGGCUACUUUAGCUUUUGAUAUAAACUCCACUAUCUAUAGCAACAGCAACAAAAACCCCAUUACAUGCUUUUCACCAUUUAAUUAGAUGUUUGUAGACUAAAUUUGAUUUGCUUGUAAAAUCAUGAACUAUGACAUUGAUGCCUUCAUAAAAAUCAUUUAACACAAGGUAUCAAUCAUAAAAAUAGAUAAAUAGGAAGGAACUCCUGGACAUAUUUUGUCAUUUUUGUUUCAUAUUUUAUCAUACAUAAUCUUAGGCCAGCCUACCUCACAUUAUUCCA